AGAGGGGACGGAGGCGGAAGUGAAGGACUAAACUUUUUCUGGUUUACACGACUGUGAUAAGGCUGUACCUGCUGCUGUUAUGUUAUUCAAGUCCCUGGCAGGGAGUGCCUGCACUCUACUGGGAGCUGCGACAGCCUUCAAAUUUGCCCCUGUGGAAAUCAAAGCUCAAGCAGCUGCCCUCCUUCACAGCGCAGUGAGGAAAUCCUCUCUGGUGGAACAAGCAAAUAUGAGGGUUGAACUUCUCCCAGCGCUCAGUGACAACUACAUGUACCUCCUGAUAGAUGUGGACUCCAGGGAAGCAGCUGUUGUUGACCCUGUGGAGCCGAUAAAGGUUGUGGAAGCUGUCAGAAAGCAUGGCGUAAAACUCACAACAGUUUUAACCACUCAUCACCACUGGGAUCAUGCUGGUGGAAAUGAGAAAAUGGUUAAGCUAAUGCCAGGGCUUAGGGUCUAUGGAGGAGAUGACAGAGUUGAUGCUAUAACAAAGAAAGUUUCUCAUUCCCACAAUAUCAAGGUUGGAUCCCUCAAUGUCAAAUGCCUGUUUACCCCAUGUCACACAACCGGUCACAUCUGUUACUAUGUGACGAAGGAUAAAAGCACAGAGCCUCCGGCUGUUUUCACAGGGGACACGCUGUUUGUGGCUGGUUGUGGAAAAUUCUUUGAGGGAACAGCGGAGCAGAUGCACAAAGCCUUGAUAGAUAUUCUGGGAAUCCUGCCUCCUGAAACGCGUGUUUACUGCGGGCACGAGUACACCGUCAGCAAUCUGAAAUUUGCACGUCAUGUGGAACCGGACAAUGAAGUCAUUCAGGAGAAGCUGGCGUGGGCAAAGGAGAAAUGCAGCGAUGGAGAACCUACCGUUCCGUCCACUUUGGCAGAUGAAUUCACAUUUAACCCCUUUAUGAGAGUAAAAGAGAAAUCCGUGCAAGACCACGUAAAGCAGACAACCUCGAUUGAAACCAUGAGAAGUCUCCGGAAAGAAAAAGAUGGCUUCCGGGUGCCCAAGGAGUGAUGUCCAGUGCAUUCUUGCUUCAUAACAACUGCUUAAAACACUGCAAGCUGUUAAUAGUGUAAUACAAAAUAUAUCUGCAUUUCAUCUUCAAAGCCGCUAUAAAUAGAUCUUCUAUCUACAUUCACUCUCAGUUAUGGCAAACCUUUUUUUUUUAUCACUUAAAUCAAAUCUAAUAUGGCUUUAAACUUGUUUUAGUUUGUUUGGAUCAGAUUGGUGUGAUAGUUUUAAGGAAUAUAUGGCCAUUCAUUGAACACUUUAAAUGAGGAAUAAGUUUGUUAAUCUGUAAAUCUGAGUUUUAAAAUCAUUUUAAUAUUAUGUUAUAAUUUAUCAAUGUAAAACAAAGUGAUAGAAUUAACAAUGUGAACAAGAAAGGGAGCGGCUUCAGGUACAAAUGUUAGAAUACGUGUGAAAAAAAGUGUAAAUUGAUAAAAAAUAAUUUCUUUUUCUGUGAA